GUUCUCGCGAGACAAUAAUCCGAUUUAGAAGGAAGAAGAGGAGUGUUGUUUGUUUAGGUUUUCGAAGGCAAAAUGGGGACUGUAUCCUCCUUUGUCUGUAUGUGGGGACUGUUCGUGCUGUUUGCUUGCACAUCGGCAUCUUCAGAUGUGUUCGAUAGCGUUUUGGGAAGCACAGCCUCCUGUCACAAGUCAUGUGAAAUGACAUACAGUUUGCACACCUAUCCACGGGAGGAGGAACUGUAUGCCUGUCAGAGAGGCUGCCGUCUGUUCUCCAUUUGUCAGUUUGUUCGAGACAGCGAAGAUUUUAAUCAAACCAAAUCCGAGUGUGAAUCAACCUGUCGUGAGGCCUACACCCAGUCUGAUGAGCAGUAUGCAUGCAACCUGGGCUGUCAGAAUCAACUUCCGUUUGCUGAGCAACGGCAGGAGCAGGUAAAAUUGGAGGCCAUGAUGCCCAGGAUUCACCUUCUGUACCCCCUGACUCUGGUCAGAGGGCUUUGGGAGGAUGUAAUGAAUCAGGCCCACAGCUUCAUCACUUCCACAUGGACAUUUUACCUUCAGGCUGAUGAUGGCAAAAUUGUCAUUUUCCAGACUGAACCACAAGUGAAGUUUUUCUCCCAGUUUGAAGUGGACAAUGAUGUUAAAGAGGAGACACAGAACAGCUUUCCCGGGUUGAGCAGCCCAGUUUACAAAGAAUACCAUCGCACUUUAAUCCAGGAGAGGGACAGAGACAUGACUGGGGACCGCAGCUACGAUGAUGAAUACAGCCUCUUUAGCUGCCUCUCAAGGAACCCAUGGCUACCAGGGUGGAUCCUAACCACAACUCUGAUCCUUUCUGUGCUGGUCCUGAUAUGGAUUUGUUGUGCCACUGUGGAAACUGCUGUAGAUCAGUAUUUACCUGCCGAGAAAUUGAGCAUCUAUGGUGACAAGGAGUACAUCAAAGAACAGAAACUGAUCCCAUAUCCAGCAUCCUCCCUGGUGAUCAUCACCUCCAAAGGGGCAGAGGAAGAGGCCGAGCCGCUCCCUUCCAAAGUGAACCUGGGCUAGAAGCCAAAGCUGCUGCAGAGAAGGGAUGUCCUCCUUUACGAAUAAUCUUUAGUUGAUUUUUAUGCUCUGGCAUAAAACCUGUGCUUCUUGUGGUCUAAACAGGAGUAACUACUCGCAGAACAUUUUGUAUUACUGAUAUAAUGUCUCGUCUCCCUUGAAGCUUUUAAAAUUUGAAGUGAUGAAAAGGUUUAUUUUCUGUAUAUUUGUAUGAUUGAUAAUGAGGCAUUAUAGUAUGGUGAUAUUGGUACAAGUAAAAUGGGUUUUAGGACUUUUUUCUUAAAUUUUAAUGUGUGCAUUUGGUGACUGUUGGUGUGGUUAUUGUAUUGAACAGUGUUUAAAUGUGUGACCUAAAUUGAUUUCCACACAUUGAAUUUUACAAUAAAAUCCUUUGCUCCUAAUCUUAA